AUGCCAUCACAGAUACUCAAGGCGCGCAGGAAGAAGAAUGUCAAGAAGGGGAUUCAGUUCUGCCUGAUGGUCUGCGGUGCCUCAGGAACUGGCCGGACGACGUUCGUAAACACACUCUGCGGCAAGCAGGUGCUCGAGCACAAGGAUAGCGAGGACCCAAACACAGCCCACGUCGAGGAGGGCGUCAAGAUCUCGCCCGUCACUGUCGAGCUCGAUGAGGAAGGCACCCGCAUCUCUCUUACCAUUGUUGACACGCCCGGUUUUGGCGACCAGAUCGACAAUGAGGCCAGUUUCUCAGAGAUCGUAGGAUACCUCGAGAGACAGUAUGAUGAUAUUCUCGCCGAGGAGAGCCGUAUCAAGCGCCAUGGUCUCCGCGAACUCGACAUUGAGCUCAUGAAGCGCUUGUCCCCCCCGCCCGAGCUCGCCGAGUCGAAGAAGCUCGUCAUGGAGGACAUUGAGCACUACCGCAUCCCCGUAUACAAUUUCCCGUACGACAUUGAGGAGGAUGACGAGGACACGGUUGAGGAGAACGCUGAGCUCCGUGGUCUGAUGCCCUUCGCCAUUGUCGGCUCAGAGGAUGUCAUAGAGGUCAACGGCCGCAGGGUGCGUGCCCGACAGUACCCAUGGGGUAUUGUCGAAGUAGACAACCCGCGCCACUCAGACUUCCUGGCCGUGCGAAGCGCUUUGCUUCACAGCCAUCUGGCUGACCUCAAGGAAAUCACCCACGACUUCCUGUACGAGAACUACCGUACUGAGAAGCUCAGCAAGAGCGUGGAGGGUGGUGCUGCUGCCGAUUCGUCAAUGAACCCCGAAGACCUUGCCAGCCAAUCCGUACGUCUAAAGGAGGAGCAACUGCGCCGUGAAGAGGAGAAGCUCCGUGAGAUCGAAGUCAAGGUGCAGCGCGAGAUUAAUGAGAAGCGACAGGAGCUACUGGCCCGUGAGAGCCAGCUCAAAGAGAUUGAAGCCCGCAUGCAUAGGGAGCAGAGCGGUCAGCUACAAGAACAUGAGGCCGACGAAGCGUAA